AUGAACCACAACCAAACCAACGGUUCAAGUCAGGAUGUUUCCAAAAAGAGGAAAAGAAAGAGAAGCAAGGGGUCAAAGGUAAAGAAUCAUGAGAGUAUAUCACAGGAAGUAGUACAAGAACUGGUCCACUCUCAGAACAAGAAGAUCAAGUUUAGCGAUGACAAUGAGGCUGCAACACCUGAUAUCCUUGGGGGAGAACCUAAGAUCGAUAACACAAACGAGACUCUUGAAACCAAGACCCCUAUAUUGAAGGAAGAUAAACCAGAAUCGAAGAAAACUUUCGAAAAGCCUAAAGUGGUAAGAUACGUUGAUGAUGAAGAUGAUUCAGAUUCAGAUGAUGCAAAUGACUUCAAUUUUCACCGAUCCUCGCAACAGUUGUCUGAAAGAGCAAGGGAGCUUUUGAAAGUACGACAAAACUUACCCAUCUACCAUCACAAGGAAAAGAUCACCCAAUUUGUGUCAAAAAACCAAGUAACUAUCAUCAUUGGUGAAACUGGUUCAGGAAAAUCAACACAAAUACCGCAAUUUUUGAUUCCAGAAAACAAGAAAGCCAUAGCUGUAACCCAACCAAGAAGAGUUGCAGCUGCGUCAUUGGCCGCCAGAGUAAGUGAAGAAUACGGUUGUAAGUUAGGUUCCGAGGUAGGAUAUCAAGUUCGUUUCACCAACAAAAGCAACCAGAGGACUAAAUUGAAGUACCUCACCGAUGGUAUGCUUUUGCGAGAGAUUAUGGUAGACAGGGAGUUGAAAAAAUAUAGCACAAUCAUAUUGGAUGAGGCGCAUGAAAGGACAAUAUUGACUGAUUUGAUUAUGGGAUUUUUGAAAUCAUUAAUUGUUUCUGGUAAUCGCAAAGAUCUCAAAGUGAUUGUUAUGUCUGCAACCUUGAAUGCGGAGUUGUUUAGUCACUUUUUCAAUAAUGCCCCUAUUCUAUAUGUGGAAGGUAAGAUGUAUCCAGUGACACAAAUGUACGUGGGUGAUGAAAGUAAUGAGGACAUUGUUGACUGUGUUAUCCGCUCAAUAAUAAAGGUAAAUAUGACUGAACCUGAAGGGGAUGUUUUAUGUUUUUUGGCAGGGCAGGAAGAGAUUGACAACUGUGUGAAAACGUUGGAGCAACUAGCACCACAAUUACCUAGAGAAGCACCUUUGAUCGUUGCUUUGCCAUUAUAUGCUGCAUUAAGUCCCCAUCAACAGCUGAAAAUUUUUGAAAAGUUACCCAAGGGGAGAAGAAAGAUAAUCUUGGCUACUAAUAUUGCAGAAACAUCGAUUACUGUGCCCGGUGUCAAAUAUGUUAUUGAUUCAGGGUUGAGAAAGGUUAAAAUCUGGAAACACGAUUUAGGGUUGUCUACUUUGCUCACAACUCCAAUUUCCCAAGCCUCGGCUAGACAACGAGCAGGUAGAGCAGGAAGAGAAAGUGCUGGAAAAGUGUUUCGAUUAUACCAAGAGAGUGAAUAUUUGAAUUUACCUAAACAACAAGAAUCCGAGAUCAAAAGGAAUGACAUUAUAUUGCCUAUAUUGACAUUGAAGAAGUUGGAUAUAGAUGAUUUGUUGAAUUGGACAUGGCUUGAAGAUCCAGGACAGGAGCUGAUCCUAAGUGCUUUGAAUACAUUGUACACUUUGGGAGCGUUGAAUGAUGCUGGAAAGAUUACUAGUUUGGGAUACAAGAUGAGCGUGUUGCCUUUGCCACCACAGUUAUCGGUAGUUUUAAUCAGUGCUACUGAAUUAGGCUGUUUGGCACCAGUGAUCGACAUAGUUUCAUGUUUGUCUGUUGACAAUUUGGUCUUGAAUGUUUCAGGGGAGUCAAGAGAUGAAAUCAACUUCAAGCGAAGGUCCUAUUGUCCAAAGGGGAACUCUAAUGGUGACCUAAUUGCAUUGUACGAGUUUUAUCAAACGUUUCAAUCUUUGGGUAAGGAAUGGUGUCAAGAAAUGAUGUUUAGUUACAAAGGAUUCAAGAAUGUUCUCAAAAUAAGGAAUCAAUUGAAAGAAUACAUGUUGGCUACUAUUAAACAGGAUGAUAGUAUUCUGGACAACGAAAAGGACAAACAAUUGGCAAGCCUUCGUUCUCAAUUUGAGGAUAGAGAUGAUGUGUUGGAUAUUCCAGCUAUUCUAAAGUCAUUCUUGAAAGGAUUCAUUACAAAUACAGCUGUUGGAAUGCCUGAUAGAUCAUUUAGGACUUUCAACAGCGGUCAAUUAAUCAGCAUUCAUCCAUCGUCCGUCUUAUUUGGAAAAACAAAUCUAGAUGCGAUUAUGUAUAUUGAAUAUGUUUUCACUACAAAAGGGUAUGCUAGAAACUGUUCAGCAAUUGAAUUAUCGUGGCUUCAAGAAGUCGCUCCACAUGUGAUUGGUGGCAACAAAGUCAGCAUUAAUUAA